AUUUUUUUGCCUGAGAGUUUUAUUAUGACAUCAAAAAAGACCGCUGGACCACGAACCGAAAAUAUGGACUUCCGCGGAGCCUAAAAGCCGUAGAUUGAUCUGUCUCACUUUAGGCACUGUUUUCUAAACCGUAAAUGGGAAAAUGGGGCCAAGGGGGAAUGUCAAAAAAAAGGACCUUGCAAUGUAACAAUGCAUUUAAUCCAAAACUCACAGUUUAUAGGAUGCAUCAUUUCCUCACGAAAAAAAAGGGAACCUAAAAAAAAAAAGAGGCGCAGUGGAUCCCAUUUCCCCUACUGCGGAGUUAUCCUGGAUCUUCGUGCAUUGGACUCAGACAAGAGAAAGAAAAGAAACAAGGAAAAAGAGGUGCCGUGUCAAAGGUGGGAUAAUGCGGCCCAUUUCUCUGUAUGGAUUGGAAAACCAAGGUCAUUCAAAACAAAAAAGAACUCAGGUUUCCCCGUUCUUCAAUGUUGGAACAAGUUCCAUCAUUUGGCCCCUGACCUAAAUGAAAAUUUUCUUGGGUUAUUUGUUUUCUCUAUUUUGCUUUGUGUUUCUCUGAGGGUCAUUAGAUUGAUCUAUCUGAUUACAAAAAAGAAAAAAAAGCGUGCAAUUGGCAUUGAUUAUCAGGUUGGGGUAGUACAAUACUAACGGAUCUGAUGAGCGGUCAAAAGAAAUAACCACGCACACAAUUAGCCGGUUCGGUGAUUGUCCAGUGGUUCCUCGCUUUUGUGCUCAAGUUUUCUCUCUCCCCCUAAAAAAGGCAAUCCCAUAAAAAGCGUUUGUGUCAUAUCGAGAU